AUGGCUACCUUGCUUCUUACUAUGACAGCAAAGCAGAGUCAAGGAAUUAACAUUGCAAUCGAUGUAUCUGCCCCCCUUCCCCCAGCAAUACUUCAUUUCAUCAACCCAAACACUAAUGUGGCCAAGAGAGGCGGCACCUUCACGGAUUGUGUGGGCAAUACAGGGACAGGCCGCUUAGAAGAUGACAUUGUGAUCAAGCUUCUAUCAGAAGAUCCCAACAACUACGAAGACGCACCCCUGGAGGGAAUCCGACGCAUACUUUCCAAGGUUACAGGCCGUGAGAUCCCUCGCGGGGAGCCUAUCAAUACUUCUCUGAUUCAGGGCAUUCGGAUGGGCACGACGGUGGCGACAAAUGCGCUACUCGAACGAAAAGGGGAGAAGAUUGCGCUGGUGGUAACGAAGGGCUUCAACGAUUGCUUAAAGAUCGGAAAUCAAUCUCGACCUAGGAUAUUCGACCUUGCCAUCAAGCGUCCUGAUGUCCUAUACGAGGAGGUGAUUGAACUAGAUGAACGUGUCACCUUAGAGGAUUACGCGGAAGAUCCACAACGAAACUUCACAACCACCUGUCCCCGGGAACAGAUCCAAGCGGACGCUGAUGUUGUUCGCGGCCUGUCUUCUGAAGCAGUUCGCAUAUUGAAGCGACCCUGUGAGAGCUUGGUGAGAUCACAGCUCGAACAGGUAUACAGCCGCGGGAUCAGAAGUAUAGCUGUAUGUCUUAUGCAUGGGUACACGUUUCCCGACCAUGAGGCAUUGGUGGGAGAAAUUGCCAGUGAGAUUGGUUUUCACCAUGUGAGUUUAAGUCACCAGCUUAUGCCUAUGAUCAAGCUCGUGCCGCGGACCACUUCGGCCUGCGCCGAUGCAUAUUUGACUCCUGCUAUCAAGAAGUAUAUCUCCGAGUUUCAAGCUGGAUUCGAGGGUGGCCUGGGUAGCGAAAGUGUCAAACGGCAGGCUGGUUCCAAGGGCGCGCGCUGCGAAUUUAUGCAAUCGGAUGGCGGCCUCGUGGACUUGGACCAGUUCUCAGGCUUACGAGCAAUUCUCUCUGGGCCUGCUGGUGGUGUUGUUGGAUAUGCAUUGACUUCCUACGACCCCGUGUCGAAGAUACCUGUAAUCGGGUUUGAUAUGGGAGGGACGAGCACGGAUGUCAGUAGGUACGGUUCCGGUCGGUACGAACAUGUCUUCGAGACAACCACCGCUGGAGUGACGAUACAAUCUCCCCAGCUAGACAUCAACACUGUUGCUGCUGGCGGUGGCUCAAGACUGUUCUAUCGCAAUGGUCUCUUCGUUGUUGGGCCCGAAUCAGCAGGUGCUCACCCAGGGCCCGCAUGUUACCGAAAGGGCGGCCCCUUAACAGUGACCGAUGCCAAUCUGUUCCUUGGGCGAUUGGUUCCCGACUUCUUUCCUAAUAUCUUCGGUCCAGAUGAAACCCAAGGACUUGAUGAGCAAGCUAGUCGACUACUUUUCGAAAAUCUAACCAGGGAAAUCAACGAUGAGAUGACCAAAGGAGGGCAAGGCCGUAAUAUGACCCCUGAUGAAGUUGCCUAUGGCUUUAUCAAGGUAGCCAACGCGAUGAUGACUCGGCCCAUUCGAUCUCUGACAGAGGCCAAGGGGCAUGUCACUUCAAAUCACAGGCUGGCGACGUUUGGAGGCGCCGGGGGCCAACAUGCCGUUGCCAUUGCUGAAAGCUUAGGCAUUCGGCAAAUCCUGAUUCAUCGUUAUUCCUCCGUACUCUCGGCAUACGGGAUGGCCCUGGCAGAUGUCGUUGAUGAAAAUCAAGAGCCUGAAUCGAAGACCUGGACUGAUGAUGGCACAAAAGCAGCUCAGCACGCACUGGCCACGAGAAUUGGAGAACUAAAGACACGCUCCACGGAAACAUUACGAGAACAAGGCUUUGACAAUGGUUCAAUCGUCUUCGAAGAAUACCUCAAUAUGCGUUACCACGGUACAGAAUCUGCUUUGAUGGUGCUUAAACCCAGCAAAGAGGAGGCCGAUGUUUUCUUUGAAGGUGAUGAAUGGGCCUUUGGAAAGGCAUUUGUGAAGCAGCACGACCAAGAGUUCGGUUUUAUCCUCCCAGACCGUGAUAUAAUAGUGGAUGAUGUGCGAGUGAGAGCAAUUGGGAAAGGAUACAAAUUAUCUGAAAAGACUGUGGACCAGCAAAUCCAAGAUUCCAGCCCAGAUGAUGUGACGAUAGCCCAGGAAUAUCGCAGGUCUCGCGUGUACUUUGAGGGAGGUCGGCAAGAGACCCCAAUCUACAAGCUCGACGACUUGAAGGUCGAUGACCAAGUGAGAGGCCCGGCAAUUCUGGCUGACGACACCCAAACAAUCCUGGUGCCUCCUGGAGCUUCGGCGCUGCUGAUGAAGACUCACGUCGUCAUCAAUAUUGGCGAAUCCAAUACUAGCCAGCCGAGAAUAAACACUGACAACGUGGAUCCUAUCCUACUGAGCGUCUUCUCGCACAGAUUCAUGGCUAUUGCCGAGCAAAUGGGACGUGUCUUGCAGAAGACAAGUGUAAGCACCAAUGUGAAGGAGCGACUCGACUACUCUUGCGCAUUGUUCGACGCAGAGGGUGGACUUGUUGCGAAUGCGCCACAUCUGCCUGUUCACCUUGGGAGCAUGUCGACCUGUGUACGCAUGCAAGCCCAGAUCUGGCAGGUCAAUCUGAAGCCCGGCGAUGUGAUCGUGUCAAACCAUCCAGAAUUUGGAGGAACUCACCUCCCAGAUAUUACAGUCUUGCAACCGGCGUUCAGCCAAGGAAAGAUAAUAUUUUACGUCGCUUCCAGGGCGCAUCAUGCCGACAUUGGAGGAGUUCUUCCGGGGUCUAUGCCACCCCAUUCAAAGGAGCUUUAUCAGGAGGGGGCAGCGAUCAAAAGCGAAAAGUUGGUUUCCGAAGGCAAAUUUGACGAAGCACGUAUUACCGAGCUACUUUACAAAGAGCCAGCCCAGUAUCCAAACUGUAGUGGGACUCGGUGUCUCGCAGAUAACCUGAAUGACCUCAAAGCUCAAAUUGCUGCGAAUAAGAAGGGAAUCAGUCUGAUCAACACACUAAUCAAGGAGUACGGCGAGGAUGCUGUGCAGUUCUACAUGCACCAUAUCCAAUACAACGCAGAGCUCAGCGUCCGAAAUCUCCUGAAAGAUGUCAGCAAGAAGUUUGGCCGAGACCUGAGUGCCAUCGAUUAUAUGGAUGACGGGAGCCCUAUUCAACUGAGAAUCUCGAUAGACGGAGAAAAGGGAGAGGCCAUAUUUGAUUUCGAGGGGACAGGCCUGGAAGUAUAUGGUAAUAUCAAUGCACCGGAAGCUGUCACAUACUCUGCCAUCAUAUAUUGCCUGCGAUGUCUUAUAUCAGCGGAUAUCCCGUUAAACCAGGGUUGUCUGAAGCCCAUAGAUGUUCGCAUCCCUCCUGGAAGCCUCCUAUCUCCAUCAGAAUCAGCUGCAGUGGUUGGUGGUAAUGUUCUAACGAGUCAACGAGUGACCGACGUCAUUCUGAGGUGCUUCAAAGCUUGCGCGGCAUCUCAAGGUGAUACCAACAACCUCACAUUCGGAUUUGGAGGAAAUAUGUUUGGUGAGACGGAAACAAAGGGGAUUGGCUACUAUGAAACCAUCGCUGGCGGUAGCGGGGCCGGCCCUACAUGGGAAGGCACUUCGGGGGUUCAUACGCACAUGACCAACACCCGAAUCACCGACGCCGAAGUGUUUGAGCGACGGUAUCCUGUGAUACUCCGUCAAUUCAGUUUGAGGCCGAGCUCAGGAGGCAACGGUCAGCAUCGGGGUGGGGAUGGAGUCGUACGGGACAUUGAAUUUCGAAUUCCCGUACAAGUCUCAAUCCUUUCCGAGCGAAGGGUUUAUCGUCCCUAUGGGCUCCAGGGAGGUGAGGAUGCCCAGUGUGGUCAGAAUAUUUGGGUCCGCCGGGUGAAAAGGCAAGAUGGAAGCUGGGGAGAAACGUAUAUCAACCUAGGCGCGAAAAACUCGAUGCAGAUUGAGGCCGGGGAGCGAAUCAUUGUUUGCACACCCGGAGGAGGAGGAUGGGGCCAGAUUGGAGACAACAGCCAACUAUUCCGGGAAGGAGAUCACCGUCGUACUUGGCACGGUGGAUCAAUUGCCAAUAACAGGGCGAUGCAAGAAGCGAGUAUGUGA